CGCAGGGGAAGGAGACGCUGCCCUUCCGAAGCCAUGGGAUGUGCCUGGAGAGAAAAUUCACAAUUGGAGACCGAUUCUGGAAUCCCAAGGCACAUUUUGAAACAAAGUUGGAUUUCUUUGUGAACUCUCUGAGCAGUUCCCAUAAGUGUCCUUCCCACACGCUGACUCCUGUGCGUAUUCUGAGCCUCAUUCAGACAUGGCCUUUCAGAGAACGGAGGGAAUGUCCAUCAUCCAGGCCUUGGCAAUGACAGUGGCAGAAAUCCCUGUGUUUCUUUACACGACAUUUGGGCAGUCUGUCUUCUCUCAGCUGAGACUCUCCCCAGGCCUGAGGAAGGUGCUGUUUGCUACAGCUCUUGGGACAGUUGCCUUAGCUCUUGCCGCGCACCAGCUGAAGCGGCGUCGACGUCGAAAGAGACAGAUCACCCCAGAAAAGUGUGGCAUUAAGCCUGGAGGAGUCCCUGCCCCCUCUUUACCAACCAAGAAGGUCCCUUCAGUGAAAAAAGGAUACUCCAACAAGAGAGUACAAAGUCCUAGCAGCAAGAGCAAUGACACACUCAGCGGGAUUUCCUCCAUUGAGCCAAGCAAGCAUUCCUGCUCCUCCCACAGCCUAGCCUCGAUAGUGGCUGUGAACUCUUCCAGCCCAACACCAGCAUCUGCAGGGCCCUGGGAGACGAGAGCGAUGGAAGAUCCUGGAGCAACUGGCGACUCUAGUGCUGAAAACCUCUAUAUUCAAGGGAUGGAGCUAUUUGAGGAGGCGCUGCAGAAGUGGGAGCAGGCAUUGACCGUAAGGCAGAGAAACAGCACUAGCACUCCAGUUUCUUGGGACAACACAAAACAUGAAGAAACUAUGUCUGAGGAGUUGCCUGAGCAGGAGUCCCAGAAAAAGGAGUUUGCAGAGAAGCUUGAAUCUCUCUUGCACCAGGCAUAUCACCUUCAGGAAGAAUUUGGGUCAACGCUCCCUUCCGACAGCAUGCUGCUAGACCUGGAGAGAACUCUCAUGCUUCCCCUGACAGAUGGGUCACUGAGACUUCGGACAGAUGAUGAAGACAGUUUGACUUCUGAGGACUCCUUCUUUUCUGCUGCAGAGCUCAUUGACUCCCUCCAGAUUGGGAAAAUACCUUUUCAACUUUCCAAGCCAGCAGCUGCAUACGAAGAAGCUCUACAGUUGGUGAAAGAAGGGAGCGUUUCAUGCAGAACACUAAGGACAGAGCUUCUAGGCUGCUACCAUGAUCAGGAUUUCCUGGCAAAGCUCCACUGUGUCAGGCAGGCCUUCCAGGCCCUUCUGCAGGAUGAGAGCAACCAGUUGUUUUUUGGAGAGGUUGGAAAGCAGAUGGUGACAGGACUAAUGACAAAGGCUGAGAAGAACCCCAAAGGUUUUCUGGCAAGCUAUGAGGAGAUGCUACAUUACGCACUGAAGCAAGAUACCUGGCCAACCACUCAGCGGGAGCUGGAAGGACGAGGGGUGGUGUGCAUGAAUUUCUUUGAUAUUGUGCUGGACUUCAUUCUCAUGGAUGCUUUUGAGGACCUAGAGAACCCUCCCUCCUCUGUCCUAGCCGUCCUGCGCAACCGCUGGCUCUCAGACAGCUUCAAGGAGACGGCCCUAGCAACUGCCUGCUGGUCAGUUCUGAAAGCAAAGAGGAGGCUUCUAAUGGUACCAGAUGGCUUUAUCUCUCAUUUCUACUCCGUAUCGGAGCACGUCAGUCCUGUUCUAGCCUUUGGUUUUCUGGGGCCCAAACAGCAGCUGUCUGAGGUCUGUGGUUUCUUCAAGCACCAGAUAGUGCAAUAUUUGAAGGACAUGUUUGACCUGGACAAUGUGAGAUACACAACAGUGCAAUUGCUGGCAGAAGACAUUCUGCAGCUGUCACGACGGCGCAGUGAGAUCCUCCUGGGAUAUUUGGGUAGUGAGACGACCCCAGAGAUGAAUGGGACACUGUCCAGUGAAAAUGGACCCCUGGAGGAGCUCAACUAAUAUUCAAUUAUGGGAGAAAAUUCAUUUUCUUAAGAGACCUUUUUCUAAGAGGUAGCUACACCACCUGUUGUGGUGAUCAGUGGCAACAAAACUAAUUCAUCCCCUGGCAUCACUGGAUCUGCCAAGAAUUACUACAUUUUAUAGCCAGUAGUGUUGGCUGGAAUAGCUCCAGGACCACUCACAGGCUUAUGAUUUGAACUCCCUCUUGUCUAUACCACCUCUUCUAUUUUUUUUUUUUUAAAUUUCUUUUAGUUGUGACAUAAACUGCCUGGGCCCAAGAUCCUACCCUCCUGCAUUGCAAGGGACAGCAGACAAGCACCUUCCCUCCACUAUGUGUUCUCUGGGAGCAGAUCCCUGAUACUUGCAGGGAGUGGGUGGGUAGGUAAAAUGGUGACAGAUUCUCGCCUUGGCUCUUACCUCCUCUUUGAUUGAGAAGGUAUUUUUAAAAGUGACUUCUCUGCCAUGUCUCUGUGGACAUUACUGCUGAUUUUAACUUAUACGUUUUAUGGUAUCCAAUGCUACUUUCAGAUAUGAUGGAGAGGAAGAGAAAUAAUUGUUUCCUGUGGGGAGGAAAAAUGCUUCUGUAAAGCACUGAAGACUAAAGAAUGGAAGUAAAAUGCAGAUUUUGUAAUGACAGACGCUGGAAGGGAGUUUGUCCUUCAUCCUAUGUGUUGUUUCUUUUGUAAACUAAACCCUUUCACUGGGGUUCUUGUUGAGAUACCAUUGCAGCCUAUAAUAGGCAGACUGAGAAUGGUGGUUGUAGGAAGGGAUUGGACUUGUAUCCUGAUUAUGCAUGCAUUAAUACUUCCUCCAGUAUACAUCAGAGUGCCUUGCUGUAUUUCAGAAUUAGCCAAUAAUAGUUUCUCUCACUGGACAGGUAUCACAGAGUAUGAAAUACACAGGUGGAGGAAGGAUGUGUAAGAUGGCGCUUACUGCUGUUACUUGUAAAUGAGCAGAGUGGGAGUUUAAAUAUGAAAUGCAGAUGGUAUUAUAUGGUGCAGUUAUUUAAAGAGCUGGGAUUCUGGGUGAAGCUGCUGGAGGGAAGCUCUUAAAUCUCUAAAAGGCAACAGGGUCCUGUGGAUUCUUAAAUCUCUAGUUUCACCACAUUAAACAAUGUAGUGUUUUUUACAGUUCUCUAUGGAAUGUAUAUAUACAUUUGUUAUAAAGACAGACAUUCAGAAGUGCUCUCCUGCUGGAGUGAAAUUGUUGACCAUUAACUGUCAGAAGCCUUAUGAUUGAGGUUAAAAUGUGGCUCCUGCUGGUGAUGCAGGGGGUUGGACAUUAGUAUAGCAGCAUUCAGGUAACUUGGAUUUGAGAUUCUCACAGUUCUUGCUGGGAAGGGUUGCAGAUGAUGCUCUCAAUAUGCUGCCACCUCCUACUAUAAAGCCACAAGUGAAGUCUCAGGAGGCUACCACACAUCUCUUGGUUUGCCUAGGUUUAGUUCAAGUCAAAGAUAGUGGCCUCAAAGAGAGGACAUAUCCAAGAGUGGAAAACCAGACACCAUAACAAGAGUAUUGAUGCAAAUAGGGUUCAGCUUUUACAAUGAUCUGCUUUUCCAGUUCUGCUCCAGGGAAAGGUUGGCUCCUUUUAGUUCAGGAGCUUCAGGAGCCUUGUCUGGCUGUGUUUUGCAAAUGAUGAGAAUACAAAGAUCUUAUAGAAGUUGGAGUGAGUGAACUGAGAAAGUUGUGAAUUAUUCCAGUCCUUUCUAUUUCCUGGGCUAUAGUCAGAGAUUCUUCUGCAAAGACAUCUGUGACACAGUUUCUAAUAGUAAAAGCAGACAGAAAAUAAGCAGAAGAGAGUAUGAGAGAGGAUAUGAAAUGAGGAGAUAUGGUGUUCCCAGACCCUUGCAAAAAGCCAAGUGUAAUACUCAUGUAGCAUUAUGAUCAUGAUACUCCACAAGUGCAAGAAAGAAAAACGGUGUGCCUCAAAGACCUGACAAACAUAAUAUACAAAGACAAUUGUUUAGGAAUGAGAAAGUGAGAAGCAACAAAUUUUAGUGAGGCCUGGUCUGCAUCUAAAAAUUAGACUGACCUAGCUACAUCUCUCAGGCUGUGAAAAAUGUUAUGCCCAGUGCAACAUAGUGAGGUCAAGCUAACCCACACUAUAGAUGGUAGAUAGGUCAACAGAAGAAUUCUAGCUGCAUCUCUCAGAGGUGCACAAACUGCAUCAACACAAAAACCUCUUUUUUUUUCAAUGUAGGAAGACAUCUACAAUACAGCAGCACAGCUGUGGACAUUGGUGAAGGCAUACCUUAGGCUUAAUGAAACAAGGGCUUUUGAUUUGAGAGAUGGCAAUUGACCCCAGGAAAGCUCUUCCAAGCAUGCUGGUAGGAACCAGUCAACAGUUAGAAAAGAAACAGAGGAUGCUGGCAGCCUUUCAUACCCAUACUGAUCAGAAUUAAAAUGUAGGUUGAAUUCCGAAAGCAAGUUACUUUGACCAAAAAAAAUUUGUUACACCAUUUUGUGCCCUUGCAUGGCUAUUUUGGAUGAAAGAUGAACUCCAGCAGCUUUGUAGUAGUUGAAAAGAUGCUAAUGAAUGUGAAGACAAAUAGAAUAAGGAAGAAUAAUUGAAAUUCUAAAGAAUUGAUGCUAUUCACUUUAGGUUUUUAGAGUUUUUGUUGUCUGUGUAUUUGCUGCUUUGAGUGUCUUUACCUGAAUGAAGAUGAGUGGAUCAGAAGCAACCCAUCUGGCACAUGGGUAAGAAUAUUAGCUCUGACUUUCAAAUCCUCAUGGGAGAGACUAAAAUUGGUGGUGGGUGGGGGGAGGGGGGUUUUAUAAAGCACCACCCUAUACUUGUACAGUCCUCCUUAAGCUAGGAAAAGUUAAUUCCUAAUCAGUCAACAGAAGGUGGGGGGUAGGAAAUGAUCCCUUUACUCCCCUACUCAUAAUCAGAUGCGCUGUCCUUUGGAUGAAGGCAAAGAAUUCCUCUUCAAGGGUGAUUGUGGCUGGUAAUGCAACUUGAUGUAAUAGUAUUUAUUUUUGUUUCUCUUCUCUUCUCUCUUUCCCCCCCUCCAUCUCUUUCCCCCCCCCCCCUCCCCCCAAAUACUGACCUGUUCCAUGCACACAACAAAGUCUGGGCCUACUGAUAUGAUCUGCCUCUUUCUCUAAUAGGGGAGGUAGAUCUUUAAAAAACAAAACAAAACAAAAAAACAAACCCCAUUCCAUCCCCCCACCAAAAAGCCCCCCAGAACAAAACAAACCUGAUGCAACCUAUGAGGGGAUUAUAGCCUCAAGAAUAUUAUUCAAAAUAGUUAAAUCCAAAGGAGAUAUUCUUCCAGGAGUAACCAGCACUGAUCUACAGUCGGUGGAUAAAAAUGGUAUGCUGCUUUGGAUAUAAACCUCUGAAGGGAUUCAGGGCUGCCCUUAUUGACCUCAAUGCAGUGCUGAUUUGGGCCCAAAAGAAAGAUAAUGUGAUUUGUAUCACUUCUCAAGUUGCAAGACCUUAUCAGGACCUGUCUGUUUUUAUAUUUUAAAUAUUUUUUGGAGUGGCACAGGGCUCUAUUUGUAAAUGCACAACUGAGCUAGUUGCCAUAGAAUCUACUUUGCACUAGUACAUUCUGUGAUUGUACAUUUUGUGAUUGUGAAAUUUCACCAUAUGCUGUGUGUGUGAAAGUCCAACAGAUGAAGCACCCACCUUACUACAUGCCUGUAUGGAGAGUUUCUAAGGGAUUCAGUUUUGUGAAGGGGAGGCGGGCGUGAGGAUUAUGAAUAAACAACCUUCUACCCUCCAGCUCAGUGAGAGAUCUAACAGAAAAUAUUUCCUAGCACUUUGUAUUUAGAGCAAAAGAUACUUUAGUAUUAAUAGCAAGUGAAACAUAUUUGGUUAGACUCUAGAGCAGGGGUGGGCAAACUAUGGCCGGGGGCCCGCAUCCAGCCCUUCAGAUGUUUUAAUCCGGCCCUCGAGCUCCUGCCAGGGAGCGGGGACGGAGGCUUUCUCUACGGGGCUCCAGUCCGCAUGGUGCCCCCGCCUCAAGAGCCGCCCCCACAGCUCCUAUUGGCCAGCAAACAAGGCCACUGGAGCUGCAGGGGCAGCGCCUGCGGACAGGGCAGCGUGCAGAUCCGCCUGGCCUCCGCGUAGGAGCCAGAGGGGGGACAUGCUGCUGCUGCUUCUGGGAGCUGCUUGAAGUAAGCACCCCCUGGAGCCUGCACCCCUGACCUCCUCCAGCGCCCCAGCCCUGAUCCCCCCCUCCUGCCCUCUGAACCCCUCGGUCCUACCUUCCUGCUCCCCAGAGCCCGCACCUCCAGCAGGAGCCCUCCCGCACCCCAAUCUCCAAUUUCAUGAGCAUUCAUGGCCCACCAUACAAUUUCCAUACCCAGAUGUGGCCCUCGGGCCAAAAAGUUUGCCCACCCCGCUCUAGAGAUAGGUGGUGUUAGCAUUUUUUAUAACAAGCCCUUAUUUUCAAGGGGUUAUAACAUCUCUUAAAUACAUCAAUCUGGGCUAAAAUGUACCAGGUUUUAGCCUUGAGGGAAUUUUUUUAAAAACAUGACUUGGGCAUUAUAAAAAUAAAAACCUGAUGCUUAAACUCAGCACUCCAAACAUGCAUGAUUAUAUUUCCUUCUUAAACUGAACUUUGACCUCAGUUAAUCUGAAGCGGGAGUUGUUGUGAUGAGCUUCACUAAGUGGCUAAUGUGCCCAUGCACUACUUUAAUAAAUUUAGAGAAUAGACUAGAGCAGUGAUUCUCAAACUGUGGGUCACAACCCCAUUUUAAUGGGAUCACUAGGGCUGGUGUUAGAUUUGCUGGGGCUUGGGGCCAAAGCCCAAGCCCCACUGUGCUGGGUGGCAGGGCUCGGGCUUCAGCUCUGGGCGGUAGGGCUCAGGCUGCGGUCCCCCCUCCUGAGGUCAAGUAGUAAUUUUUGUGAUCAGAAGGGGGUCGCGAUGCAAUGAAGUUUGAGACCUCCUGGACUAAAGUAUGUCUACACGGCAAUUAAACACCCACAGCUGGCCCAUGUCAGCUGACUCGGGCUCAGGCUCUGGGGCUGGAAAAGUCUCAGAGCCUGGGCUGGAGGCUAAGCCCGAAUGUCUACAACCCAAUUAAAUAGCCCCAUAGCCUGAGUGCUGCAAGCGAGAGUCAGCAGACAAUGGCCAGCCAUUGGUGUUUAAAUGCAGUACAGACAUGCUCUAAACAGGUCUGUUAGGCAAAUACUUUUUUUUUAAAUCACAAAUGUAUGAAAUUAAAGAAGAGAAAAACCUGCUUCAAAAUAUCAGAGUUCAGAAUGGCUUUGAAGAUGAGCAUGACCCACACAUUCAUGACAAAGGAGAGAGGAUGUGAAAUUCUGCUUUCCCUUAACCCUUUUCAGUGGGACAUUCCUCUGCCACACCUGACACUAAAGAAUGUAACCUUGUGCCUGUGGCUCCUCCCCCCCCCCUUUAUUUCCUGAUGUGUAAAGAUUCAUCUGUCCUUGCUCUCCCUUCCCCUCCUUCCCCCAGCUACAACUUUUAUAUCUGUUUUGGAUGUGGCAUUAAAUGCAAGUCAAAUAAAUCUUUCCUUCAUUAUAUAA